GGGCGUUACGCCAGUCCAAACUUUACGCGGCGCCAUCGGCUGAAAACUAAACCGAGAUGGAAUCUCCCAGUCUGAACCGGUUUCAACCGGUUGUGAGUUAGUUGCUUGAGAGAGAAGAGGCGCAGGCACACAACCUCUAUACUGCCCCGCUGGAAAAUUAUUAGAGUGACGAAUUAAUUUGUCAAUCAAGGUUUACUUUGUUUUGUAAAAUGUAUCGGAGCGACAUAGUGCUGGGUUUGCCGUGAUAACAGUUUUGGAAUUCACAUCAAUGCUUCUUACCUGCUAGAUAUCACUUACUGCUGGAGCUGGAGAUAGUCAACGCUGCAGAAAUAGGAAAUCUAUUCAACAGUGAUACUGAAGUACUCACUAUAUCUUGUAGCUUUUUUGGCAAACGCCCUCUUUUCAGUCAGAGCCUUGGACUUAGAGCUCUAUGCCAGCAAUUAUGACAAUGUUAGCAGACCAUGCAGCACAGCAGCUGCUGGACUUCAACCAGAAACUGGAUAUCAACCUACUAGAUAAUGUGGUGAACUGUCUAUAUCAUGGGGUAGGACCACAGCAAAGAAUGGCACAAGAGGUGCUGACACACUUAAAAGAGCAUCCGGAUGCCUGGACAAGAGUGGACACCAUCCUCGAAUUUUCCCAGAACAUGAACACCAAAUACUAUGCUCUUCAGAUUCUGGAAACGGUUAUCAAAACAAGAUGGAAGAUUCUUCCCAGGACUCAAUGUGAAGGUAUAAAAAAGUAUGUUGUUGGGCUCAUUAUCAAGACUUCAUCAGAUGCAUCAAAUGUGGAGAAAGAAAAGGUGUACAUUGGGAAGCUGAACAUGAUCCUUGUUCAGAUCCUGAAGCAGGAGUGGCCCAAGCACUGGCCCACCUUCAUCAGUGACAUUGUGGGGGCAAGCCGUACCAGUGAGAGCCUUUGUCAGAACAACAUGGUGAUACUCAAGCUGCUCAGUGAAGAGGUCUUUGAUUUCUCCAGCGGCCAGAUGACCCAGAUCAAAGCUAAGCACCUAAAAGACAGCAUGUGCAAUGAAUUCUCCCAGAUAUUCCAGCUUUGCCAGUUUGUUAUGGAAAAUUCACAGAAUGCCCCACUGGUUCAUGCCACUCUGGAGACCCUCCUACGUUUUCUCAACUGGAUUCCUCUGGGCUACAUCUUUGAAACCAAACUGAUCAGCACAUUGGUAUAUAAGUUCUUGAAUGUACCCAUGUUCCGCAAUGUGACUCUGAAGUGCCUGACGGAGAUUGCCAGUGUCAGCGUCAGCCAGUACGAGGAGCAGUUUGUUACCCUCUUCACACUGACCAUGUGUCAGCUCAAACAGAUGCUGCCUCUGAACACCAACAUUCGGCUGGCCUACGCCAACGGGAAGGAUGACGAGCAGAACUUCAUUCAGAACCUCAGUCUGUUCCUCUGUACUUUCCUUAAAGAGCAUGGGCAGCUCAUUGAGAAGCGGCUUAACCUAAGAGAGACAUUAAUGGAGGCCCUCCACUACAUGCUGCUGGUGUCGGAGGUGGAAGAGACAGAGAUCUUUAAAAUAUGUCUGGAGUAUUGGAACCACUUGGCUGCUGAGCUCUACAGAGAGAGUCCCUUUUCUACGUCCACAUCCCCCCUGCUCUCAGGCAAUCAGCACUUUGACGUGCCACCACGCAGACAGCUCUAUCUUCCUGUCCUUUCCAAGGUGCGCCUACUGAUGGUAAGUCGGAUGGCCAAGCCGGAGGAGGUACUGGUGGUGGAGAAUGAUCAGGGGGAGGUGGUCAGAGAGUUCAUGAAGGACACAGAUUCCAUCAACCUCUACAAGAACAUGAGGGAAACCCUUGUGUAUCUCACUCACUUGGACUACGCAGACACAGAACGUAUAAUGACAGAGAAGCUUCACAACCAGGUGAACGGCACUGAGUGGUCAUGGAAGAACCUCAACACACUGUGCUGGGCCAUUGGAUCCAUCAGCGGGGCCAUGCACGAGGAGGAUGAGAAGAGGUUCCUGGUCACUGUUAUCAAGGAUCUGCUGGGUCUGUGUGAGCAGAAAAGAGGAAAGGACAACAAGGCUAUCAUAGCCUCCAACAUAAUGUACAUCGUUGGCCAGUAUCCACGCUUCCUUAGAGCCCACUGGAAGUUCCUGAAAACUGUGGUCAACAAGCUCUUUGAGUUCAUGCAUGAGACCCAUGAUGGAGUUCAAGACAUGGCCUGUGACACAUUCAUCAAGAUAGCCCAGAAGUGUCGACGCCACUUCAUCCAAGUGCAGGUGGGAGAAGUGAUGCCCUUCAUCGAUGAGAUCCUCAACAACAUCAACACCAUCAUCUGUGACCUCCAGCCACAACAGGUGCACACAUUCUAUGAAGCAGUAGGUUAUAUGAUUGGGGCCCAGACAGACCAGGCUGUUCAGGAGCACCUGAUAGAGAAAUAUAUGCUGCUGCCCAAUCAAGUGUGGGACAGCAUCAUCCAACAGGCCACUAAGAAUGUGGACAUCCUGAAGGACCCAGAGACUGUGAAACAGCUGGGCAGCAUCCUGAAGACUAACGUCAGAGCCUGUAAGGCUGUAGGACACCCCUUUGUCAUCCAGCUUGGACGGAUUUACCUUGACAUGCUCAACGUCUACAAGUGCCUUAGUGAGAACAUCUCUGCUGCCAUUCAGACAAAUGGUGAGAUGGUAACAAAACAGCCAUUGAUCCGGAGUAUGAGAACAGUGAAACGAGAAACGCUGAAACUGAUCUCGGGCUGGGUCAGCCGAUCCAACGACCCCCAGAUGGUUGGGGAGAACUUUGUUCCACCGUUGCUGGAUGCUGUCCUCAUUGACUACCAGCGUAAUGUCCCUGCUGCUCGUGAACCUGAGGUCCUCAGCACCAUGGCAACCAUUGUCAACAAGCUGGGGGGACACAUCACCAGUGAGAUACCCCAGAUCUUUGAUGCUGUCUUUGAGUGUACCCUAAACAUGAUCAACAAGAACUUUGAGGAGUAUCCAGAACACAGAACCCAUUUCUUCUACUUGCUUCAAGCUGUAAACUCUCACUGUUUCCCAGCAUUCCUCGCCAUCCCGCCAGCCCAGUUUAAACUGGUGCUGGACUCAAUCAUCUGGGCCUUCAAACACACCAUGAGAAAUGUGGCUGACACUGGUCUGCAGAUUCUCUACACGAUGCUGCAGAAUGUUGCCCAGGAGGAAGCAGCUGCUCAGAGUUUCUACCAGACAUAUUUCUGUGAUAUCCUGCAGCACAUCUUCUCUGUGGUCACUGACACAUCACACACUGCUGGCCUGACAAUGCACGCAUCCAUCCUGGCUUACAUGUUCAACCUGGUGGAGGAGGGGAAGAUCACCAUGGCGCUGAGCCCUGCCAGCCCCACCAACAACCAGGUGUUCAUCCAGGAGUAUGUGGCCAACCUGCUCAAGACUGCUUUCCCCCACCUACAGGAUGCUCAGGUGAAGGUGUUUGUGACUGGGCUCUUCAGCUUAAACCAGGACAUUCCUGCCUUUAAGGAGCACCUUAGGGACUUCCUGGUUCAGAUAAAGGAGUUUGCAGGUGAGGACACCUCAGACUUGUUCCUGGAGGAGAGGGAGGCAUCGCUCCGUCAGGCCCAGGAGGAGAAACACAAGAUCCAGAUGUCAGUCCCCGGCAUCCUCAACCCUCACGAGAUCCCUGAGGAGAUGUGUGACUGAUCGGAAGCUCAAACUAACUGUACAGUAUUCCAAACAAACCCUAACCACAGCAAAUGCAACAAAACCCAAGAGAGGCACUUGAGUGUGGUGGGAAGCAGCUCAGCCUCUGCAGAGCAGGCUGUCCCAUUGGAUGUUUGUUGACCAAAACAAUACCAAUAAUAUGUACGUGAUUACUGUGUCACCCUGUGGCCCCCCUUUUUUUCUUUUAAACAUAAUCUGCGUUUUCUAUGGAGACUUUUGUGUAAUAUCUUUCCAAACUGUUGAUCUGCGCUUAUGUUUUGUUGGUCACUGGUCCAUCCCAAAACCUGCACGAUGAGGUUAUAACUAUUAGGACACCAUCUUGUUUUUGUUUAGUUCCCUCCUGGUUCUCUUUUUCUCUGUUCUUCCUUUUCCCCCAUAUAUUUGUUUAUAUAUACACAUGUAUUAUAUAUACAGUUUGAGCAGGGUUUUCGUGUCAAAUCAGCAUUGAGGCUUCUAGUGUGACAGGAAUUGGUCUUGUGCGGUGCACCACGCUUUGUGGGAGAAUGUGAAAUUAACGGAUCAUGAAUGAAGGCAGAGAGAUGCUGCCAGCAUCUGUUGCUCAUAUUUGCCUCACCUGAAAAUUGUCUGACUGCUGCCGGCAGGAUUUUUGGGGAAAGCAAAACUGAAUAUGUGCAUAUCAUCCCAAUUGUAUAGCAUCUUUAAUACUAUGGGAACAUUUUUUUUCUUUAAUUCUAUUGUUUCAUUUUGUCACAGGUGUGUGCAUGUGUGCUGUCGCCUAGUCGACAUCAGCGUUUUGUUUUCCUCUAAGAGGAUUGUUGCUCAUUUAUGAGCCUUCAUUAAUGGGAUGUUUUAAGGAAGUGGCGGAGGUAUUUAUGGAUUCUUGGUUGGUUGCAUCUUUAUAACAACUGCUGUUUAACUCAGAUGGCUUUCAAGAUUUUGAAUUGUAUUAAUUUAGAUUGUUUACCAUGCUGUAGUGCUUCAAAACACUACCUUUAGAGCAAAAUAAAAAAAUAAACCGGGUUUACAUUUAAUUUUGUAUUUUUGCAUUUUUCAUGUGUACCUGUUUGAGUUCUGUCCAAAUAACAAAAGGCUUUUUAUUCAGAGUAAAUGGGUUGCCAUUGAGUUGAAUUAGGAAAACUCUUAUGUAUAAAUCCAAACAGGACCCCAAUCUCUAAUGGCAAAUUUCUCUUCUCAAGGUGUUACAGUUGUUGUGAAGUUUUUUUGAACUGAUUAAAGUUGAGAAUUUUAUAACCCUG